AUGGAUCUCGACAUGGACGACUACAUGGACCCCUACGAGGAGGCCGAGGCCGAGGCCGCCGCGGAAGCCGCCGGCGUGACCGGCCCAGGCGCCGCAUCCGCGGACGAGGAGUCGGACGGCGAGGACGACUCGGAGGCCGAGAGCGACUACGAGGAGGAGUCCUACGGCCUUCUCAAGUCCGGCAAGCACCGGGUGCGCAACCCGGACGGCACCUUCCGCUGCCCCUUCUGCCCCGGCAAGAAGAAGCAGGACUACAAGCUCAAGGACCUCCUCCAGCACGCCGACGGCAUUGGCGUCUCCAGCAAGCACCGCCGCCACGGCCGGGAGCGUGCCUUCCACCGUGCCUUUGCCCGCUUUGUCCGCGCCGAGCCGUCCUUUGCGCAGGAGCUCUCCACUAUCGUUGGGAUUCCCGGUGCCACUGUAACUGCUACUGCUAAUGCAGAUGCCACUGACAAAGGAAAGGCCGUUGCCAAUGGUCACACCAGUGGAUCCAGUGCUGUGGCAGUGACUGAGGGACCACCACAGGAUGGCGAAGAGAAGUUUGCUUGGCCAUGGUGUGGAAUUCUUGCAGCUGGUGCAGGGUUCAAUGCUGAAAACUUUGCAGAUAGAGUGGCCAUGUUUAGCCCAGAAGACAUUGUGCCUUUAGUUUUCGAUGACACAGAAAAGUCGGAAUGCUUUGCAAUUGUGCGGUUUAGUCCUGGCUGGGGUGGAUUUAGUGACGCUCUCGCACUUGAGAACCAAUUCAGUGUAAAUAAGCUUGGGAAGAAGGAAUGGGAGGCAAGGAGCAGCUGUGGAGGUGCUGUGGACGGCGAGGAGAACGAGAAUGGUGAGGUUAAGGUUUAUGGUUGGGUUGCCCGAGAGGUGGACUACACUGCUGGGGGUUUGGUGGGAAGAUACUUGAGGAAGCAUACUGACAUUAAGACCAUAGAUGAGAUUACCAAGAGUCAGAGGGAGCCAUUGGGGAAGAUUGUGGCAGCACUGGCAACUCAGCUCGAGGCAAAGAACCAAGACUUGCAGGAUCUGGAGACAAAGAAGAAUGCAACAGAAUUCUCCAUUGCAAGGCUUGAGGAGGACAAUAGGAGGCUGCAUGAGGCAUAUAAUGAAGAAAUGCGCAAGCUGCAUCGCAAGGCUCGUGACAAUGCUCUGAGGAUUUUCCAGGACAAUGAAAAUUUGAAGCUUGAAAUAGAAAAUAACAAGAGAGAAAUGGUUUUGCGUGCUAAGCAGCUGGAGAAGUUGUCAGUUGAGAAUGCCAACGACAGGAAAAAACUUGCAGAACUUUCUGAUGAGAAGCAAAAGCUUUUAGUUUAUGGGCAGCUCAUUUCUUUCUACAGCAUAAGAGUAACGCUGAAUAAUUUUCUAGUUUCCCAUAAAGCUACAGUUGCCACUUUCAAGGCAAAAGACGAUAAAAGUGAACUUGAGCUGGCAAGUAUAGAACAGCAGAGGAAUGAUCAGGAUAUUUUGAAGCUAGUCGAGGACCAGAAGAGGGAAAAGGAGGAUGCCCUCGCAAGAAUGCUUGAGCUGGAAAAGGAGCUGCAUGAGAAACGAGAACUUGAGCUCGAAGUGACACGAUUGAAUGGCACACUCCAAGUGAUGAAACAUUUGGAAGGAGACGAUGAUGGGGAUAUUCAUGACAAGAUGGAGAAGCUUAGUGAAAAGCUAGAGCAUGAAAGGAAACGCCUGGAAGAGCUGAGCGGAGAGCUGGUGAGGAAAGAGCGUGAAAGUAAUGAUGAGUUACAGGAGGCCCGAAAAGAAUUGAUAAUGGGUUUGGAGGACAUACUCAGCGGGCGGACAGCUAUCGGUAUCAAAAGGAUGGGCGAACUUGAUGAAAGACCUUUUCAGAAUGCAUGCAAGAGAAAAUAUGGAAAUGAUGAUCAUGAGACGAGGGCAGCAGAGCUGGUCUCGAGUUGGCAGGAGGAGAUAAAGAAGCCAGCCUGGCAUCCUUAUAAGUUUGUUAAGGCUGAAGACGGAAGUGACAAGGAAGUUGUAAAUGAUGAGGACCCAAGACUGAAGCAAUUGUGGAUCGAAUAUGGUGACGAUGUGUGCAAUGCAGUGAAGACCGCUCUGAGCGAAGUAAAUGAGUACAACCCGAGCGGAAGGUACGUGGUGUCAGAGCUGUGGAAUUUCAGGAAAAACCGUAAGGCGACGAUGAAAGAGGUGCUGAGGUUCAUCUUCCAGCAGAUGGAGGUGCCCGGCAAGCGCAGGAGGGGUUGA